UAUUUACUGGCGACAGUCGAUUGACUUCUGCUUGAAGUUGUGAGCAUGAUCAAAUGUGCGAUGCAUCUUGCCAUAUUGCAUCCCACCAAAGCGCAGACCCAGUGACAUAUGGCUGGCUUAGGUUAGGUCCGUCUUGCCUGUGAACCCCAUUGACCAGGUGUGACCUAGCAGGUGUCUGGGUUACAAUCGGACAGAAUUCUUGGAGUGAAAGAUGGUGUCACAAAAGUUUAUGGAUAUUUUGUACCAGCAGCCAGACUACACAAACCCUGGUACAAGCAGUAGUUCUGCCACUACAGACAGUAAUGAGCAAAACUCAUUGCAAAUCAUAAAGAAAGAUGAUAGUCACAUGAUAAUGGCCAGCACCAGCGAUAACUUCAUUAUAGACAAUAGUGUUCUGGAGCCAUUAACAAUUCUAAAGGAAGAAAAUGAAGAUAUGAAAAUGGAAGAAAAUAAAGAUAUGAAAAAGGAAGAAAAUAUAAAAAUAAAGGAAGAGAAUGAAGAUAAUUAUGAUGAUUUACAUCUAUUUGACACAGAAAACAAAAAAAAAUGCACAAAUGACCACAUGUUAACAUCAUAUAAGGCUACAGAAGAUGAUAAUAAAAACUUACCCAGGCCUUGCAUGUCUCCCUCAUCCCAUGUCAAAGAUAAGGAAGGUCUCCGCCCUCCCAGCAAGCGAAUUAGAAGAGAAAAAAUUAUAUUUGAUCCCUCAGAGACCUCCAACCAUGUGCAAAGGAAUCACAGAAGGAAAAUACCAUCUGAAAUCAAGGAUUUGUCUUGUAUUUCAGGUAAAAGCAAACAAUGUACUGAGAUUCCAAAGGAUGCAAUAAAUAAAUACAAAGACCAAAGGGAUCGAGACCUACAUUGUGAAUACUGUGGGAAAUACAUGCAAAGAUUAGAUUACUUACGGUUACAUCUCAUGAAGCACACAGGUGAGACUCCAUAUAAGUGCCCACAUUGUAAGAAUGCAUAUCGUGCACGUUGGCGUCUUAACCAGCACGUUCGCACCCACACCAGAAAUCUGCCCUAUCAUUGCCCCUACUGCUGCUAUCGAGGUAAUAGAUCUGACUACCUUACUUCUCACAUAAAUAGGAUACACAAGAACCUGCGGAAAGAGGACAGUAAGAAGCCAAAGAAAAAGGAAAUUGCUAAUGAUAAUGAAGAAAGCAAAGUUGACACAAUUAAAGAAGAAAAAUUUUCAGAAAGUGAACUUGAUGCAGUAAUUAAAGAGGAAGAGGAAUUCUCACUAUCUUACUUCACACAUGAAGAAUGCACAAGCAACAGUUGAUGAACGACUAUAGAAAAAAAAAAGUUAAUAAUGUGUAUAAAGAAAACAAGUUAUGUUGAUCUAGUGAUAGAACCAAAAAGACAUGACACUAAGCAGCAGUCUUUUUCUGCACGUCAUACUGGAAAUUGUCAUGAAUAAGAAAGGGUCAUGAGAUGAGGCUUUUGUAGAGACAAAUAUUCUUAAUGUCAUAAAUUUACAAACAAGACAUGCUGAUAGCCUGUAAAAUACUACAAAAGCCCGCAGGUUUCAGCAUGCAAGAACUAAUGCCUAAAUGGCAAGCAACACAAUAGUGCGCAUAUUGGUGGACCAAUGAGCAAUUUAUAUGUGUGUAAAAAGGAUUCCUGCCUUGAAUGAAAUAGAAGUGUGGGAAUCAGAACUACUCCAUGGCAGUAUUCCUUCCCCAUUACAGACACAGUAGAUGAAGGGUUUUCAGCCUUAUCAUAAUGCUUAGAUAAAGGCUUGUUUCCACUCCUAUACAUGCUGCAGACAUGUUAAGGAAAGGCCGAAUGAAGGGACUCAGAAAAGAGCUAGAUAUUGAAGUUUAUUUUGAUAUGUGUACCAGUACAGAGCACCAGUUAAAAUAGUACAGGACAGUUGGACACCUUUCAUGUACAACCAUAGCCAUAACUAAAUGCAGCAACCAAGUGGCUGAAGAAUGCCCACGUGGUUCCUAUCAGCCUUAUCUUUUAUCAUGAUUGCAUCAAGGAACUGGGGGUGGGGGGUGGGAUGGGACAGCUUCCAGCUGUGCAAAGGCAUCAUUCAAAACUCCUGUGUGCAACACCACAGGUGGAAGUCAACAAUCUAACCCUGCAAAAUAGAAGAGGAAAUCAUCAGAGCCUCCAAAAAGAAGAAUUACAGUAUAAAUAUCUGUUCAUGCUGUUGGCCAUGAACAUGGAAGGGAAAAAAAAAAAAAACAAGGGCAGUCAGUGAGUGGAGAUAUUGUUUUUCCAUCUUUAGCAAUGUACAGUUCUAAAAAUGUAUUUGCAAUUCUGCCAGUAACACCUUCAUAAAGCAAAAGAAUGAGUGUUUUUGUAGCUUUUGUUUCUUAAUUUUAGUUUAAGAAUUAAGGUAAAUAUGACAGUAAGAAAAGAAGAGUUUCUUUAAAACCCUGUCUGAGAUAAUAAUCCUUACCAACACAACCAUCACUAAUGAAUUAAAGAGUUCUUUUGUUUUUUUAUAGGAUCCAGAAAUUAUAUGAAUAUCAUUAAACUUCACAUAGUAAGUUGUAAAUAAAUUGUGGCCACACAAGACACCACUUGGAAGACUAUAAUAUCUGUAAUUGGUGGCUAGAGAUAUUGAAAUGCUGAGUUUAGCAAAAAAAAAUCUUUUAUAUGUUGACAGUUUGGAGGAGUAUAAUAUUUUUAUUUCCAAUAUAUCUGUUAAAAUAGUGUUUUCAGAUAAUCUAAAAUAUUCAGUGAAUGAGGAAUUAUUGCUGAUGGAUUUUGUCACCAUAUGUAACCUAUUUUUAUUUGAAUUAACCUACUUGCUUCAAGGUCUCUUGUAUAUUAUUAUGGUGACAAUCAUUUUGAGAUAAAUGUAUAUUAUUAUCAUGAAGAAUAAAUCAAUGAAUUAA